AUGACAGCAGUUCCUCCAGAAGUUUUAUGGGCUCAAAGAUCCAACGCUAAAGUUGAUAGCAAAAACAUAAUAUUCUUGAAGGUGAGAUUGGUGGAUCCUACGGAUCUAAAAAUUGAUCUUAAGGCUACAUCAUUGGACAUUACAGCUAAAUCUGAUGGCCAAGAUUACAGCCUUCACAUUGACUUUUAUGCAGAAAUUAAUGAAGAGGAGUCACAUUAUCAUGUGGCUGGUUCGCACAUUGCUUUCGUUUUAAGAAAAAAGGAAAAGAAAAGUGAGUACUGGCCAAGACUUACAAAAGAGAAGGCCAAGUAUCAUUACAUUAGGACUGAUUUCGAGAAAUGGGUGGACGAAGAUGAGCAAGAAUCCAAGCCAGAAGCAGGCGAUUUUGACCCAAGUACUAUGGACUUAGCUUCCUUGGCCAAGCAAUAUGGUGGAAAAGGUGACCCAUCAAAGGGAAGUACAGGGCCAUCUGAAUAUGGUGAUUUAAGUGAACUUGCACACAGUGCUGCUGCAAAGAAAGAAUGA